AUGGCCAUUGUUUGCAGCUCCUGGUGUACCAUAAAUAUGGGAACAAGUGGACGACAUGUAACCCAUGCAGGUGGUAAUGACCGAGAAUAUGUGAUCCAAGCAAACUGCAUGGCAAGUCGGAUGUGCCUGCUCGUCAUGGCAGUGGAGGUGAUGGGGGGCACGUGGGUGGUGGAGCAGCCAAGUAGUUCUCUACUUCGGUUCUAUCCUCGAGUGAUGGAUACUUUCAGCAUGUUCCGAGUGACCUGGGCAACUCGGUGGUGGAUGGGACACUACCACAGUAAAACUCCGAAGCGUCACAUUGCCUGGAGCAACUCUAAAGAGAUUGGCUUGCUGAACAUGGGGAAGCUUCGUGGCUGGCAGUACCAUUCAGAAGAGUAUCAAAAGCACAAGACUGCCACCACCACGGUCUCCAAAAACGGAAAGAAGUCCUUUCAGGGAAGGAAGAAGCAACUGAAGGCAUCUCAGACAUACCCCUACCGCUUUGGCCUGCGGAUGGUCCGAAUCCUUCCACGGCUUUUGGCCACAGGGUGCAAAGAUGUUGGGGAACCUCCUGCUGACUUUGAUGCGCUAACAUGCUUCAGGCUUCAGGAAUACGAUGACCUUUGGGAAGACGCUUGUAUGCUUGAUGUGCUAAAGUACAUCUACGGAAACAGGAGUCUGAAGAUUCCUGUGGAAUGGAGAGGGCAUUUGCUCCCUUCACAGCCUUGA